GUUGUUGCAUUGAUUCCGGAAGACAGGUAAGGGCGUGGCGACAGCUCAGGUGACCUCGGGAGACCGUGCUACAGUAUGUUUGUAUCCCCGACGUAUUAAGAAAUGGCUUUGACUCAAGAGGCGAUUUUAAACGCAUUAUUAGAAGGCAGGGGAAAGGUGAAAAACUCCGAGCUGCUGGGCAAGUUCAGAGAGCUACUAAACUGCAGUGAUCCGGCGGAGAAGAAACAGAACCGAGAUCUCUUCAAAAGGUUUGUGAACAACAUUGCUGUCGUGAAAGACUUUGAGGACACCAAGUAUAUAGUCUUAAAGAAAGGGUACAAUUAUUUACUAGAAGCCUCAAAUGCUGAAAACACACCAAGAGAAGAUUGCGGCAAAGAUGGAUCACUUCCAGAAGAAGACAAGAAAGAAAAACCCACUCGUUCCCAAAGUGCAGAAGGUAAGAAGUCUGAACAGAAAGCUCUGAGCACAUCUUCGUCACAGGCUUCAGACGACACCACGCCACUCUUUCCCAUAGAGUUUGCUUUGGAAAGAAUCAAGACUGUGGAGUUUAAACCUAAGAAGUCUUUAAAUUUCACCGUCCCGCUCAAGCCUGAUUUCUCGGGAGCCGCCAAGAAAGAAACAAGCACAAACAAACCGUAUGCUCUGCCUUUACGAAUACCUCAAAUAGACUUGGGUGGUCAUAACAAGAAGCCUUCCGCUGAGAGCUUGGGACAAGAGCUUCAACCCUCGCCUCAGUGUAAGAGGAGAACAGACAGCGUGGCCAGCGCUGGGGCCUCGCCGCAGUUACGGAGACACUUCAAGACCCCUAAACAAGCGGAUGAGCCCAAGGACUCGCACCAUUGCCCGCUUGACCCCGUGGAGCACGAGUGGCUGGUGAAGUCUGCGGCUGGACAGUGGACUCAAGUGUACGGCCUUCUGUUAAAAGACGCCCAGCUUGCAGAGAAGAAGGACUUCAUGUCAGGGUUCACGGCCCUGCACUGGGCCAUCAAGUGUGGAAACGCUGAGAUGGUGUGUACGAUUAUUGAGGUGUCUAGGAAGAGUGAUCAUGGGGUGGAUGUCAAUGGCAAGUCCAAUGGGGGCUACACGCCGCUUCACAUCGCUGCCAUCCACGAUCAGCACUCUCUGAUUGACCUUCUAGUCCGUAAGUACGGUGCCAAUGGGAACAUAAGGGACAACUGCGGGAAGAAACCCUACCACUACCUGCGCAAAGAUGUCCCGGGAAAGCUGAGGGAGCUCCUCGGAGACCCGAAAGCCGUCCACCAGGAGGUGCAUCAUCAGGUCAGGGAUGAGUAUGACCCACGGAAAUACACUUUAGGUCCCCUCAUCCUACCUCAUCCGGUGGGGCUCAAGAAAAAGAACAAGACGAGAAACCAGUUCAUCUCCUUGAAUGAAGACGUCAGAGAAAGGAAUGAGCCAGUGUUACAUAAACCGAGGCUGGUGUCGGAUGUCUUUCCAUAACGAGUCUAAAUAUGGAAUAUGCGUUUAAUUUGCAGACAAUAUUUGUGAUCUAAAUGAAUCUGCCUUUAUCUGAGAUUCUAGAAGAAUUGUGUUCAUUGAAAUUUUAUUUUUAAUAUGAACGACAGUAUGCCUUAGCGUUCAGUCACUUUUUAAAGAAAUUAAUACUUUUUUAUUCAGCAAGAACACUUUAAAUUGGUCAAAUGUGAUGGUAAAAAUGUUACAAAAAACCAAUGGGGUUUCCUAUAGAUGCUGCUGGACUUUCUAUUAAUCAAAGAAUCUUGAAAAAGAAAUGUAUCACAGUUUGCACAAAAAUUAGGCAGCACUUUUCAUAUUAGAUGGAAACAGAAUGAUUUUUGAAGGAUCAUGUGACACUGAUGUCACAAUGUCAGUAAUGAUGCUUAAAAUUAAUUUUCACGGGAAUAAAUUACAUUUUAAAAUAUAUUCAUAUUUCACAAUAUUACUGUUUUUACUGUAUUUUUAUUUUUGAGCAGAAAAGCCUUCAAAAACAUGAAAAAUCUUACCAACACUAAGCUUUUGAAUGGUCAAUUACUUAUGUGUAUUAUAUUGCAUUGUAUUUUAAUAUAUAGUAUAAUGUUUUCUUUUUUUCCCCAGAUUUAAAUGUAUCAAGUACAGAUUGUAAAUCAUGAGGGUAAUGUUGAAAUAUGAGUGCUACUUGUUUUAGGGUGUAGGGAGUGUAACUUACUGGGAGCGGCCAAAACCUAUUAAAACCUAAACUGUUCUUUUCUGGCUGUUUAUGCAUUACAUGUUUGCACACGUUCACUUAGGUGUUGUGACAAGCUGGGCAAAAUCUAGAGAAUAUUUUUAGUAAUUAAUGUAGAUGUAAAAAUGAAUAUCUGAACACAUUCAGGUCAUGCUUUACACUGAUUAACAUUUAUUUAUAGUCAUGCAUAAUCCUGUAUUCUGAUGGUCAUGUAUAUUCUAAUGCCGUAGUCACGCCACCCCAAAAACAAUAAAUAUAUUUUAUUCAAAAAUAUCAAA